CGUAAAGAAUCAUACUCUAUUAAAAUAAAUUCUCAAGAAAAUUCGUUAACAACUUCAAAAAAAAUUUGCAAACAAUCCGAAGCUCUUCAGGAACUUGUAUCUCGAUAUCCUGAUCUUAAAGGAAAAUCAGUUUGGUUUUUUCCAGAUCAAACAAAAUCGGUAGAAGGACUUAUUUUAUUCAAUACUUCCAAAAAAUUAUAUAUGAUUCAAGAUAACAAACUAGAUAAAGAUUUUGAUUCAUUUUCAAAAUGGAUAAAAGCAUUAAAAACAUCAAGAAAAUUAUAUAAAAGAAAUCGAUCAGCUCUUGCAUCAAUAUUUUUAGAAAAUAAUUGUUCGAGUAAAAAUAUAGGACAAAUGUUAAAAG